AACCUCAUAAUUUCCUCUGCGGUGGCGUUCAUAUUCGUAACGAGUGUUCUUAAAUAAAAUAUACAUAUUUGCUAAAUAAAUAAAAUUAUUGUCAGAUAAAAACGCGAUGUAUUUAACUCGCAGAUUCCCGCGUAUAUACACAGGUGCAGCUCAAUAUCUGGUCACCAGCAGCACUCGUUGGUACAGUGGCGCGGCAGAGGAUAUUAUAGAAAUACCCAACCGCAUACAACGGUCUCCAACUGAUAUAUUAAAAGCACUGGCCAGCACGGUUGGACGUGAUCCAACAGCAGCGCAUUACAAAUAUCAUGAUGAUCCGUACCUGAUUCCAAUGUCCAAUGUGGGCAAGCGAACAUUUGCCAUGGCUCAAGAAGCUGGACGAAAGGCGGCCCGAUUUAUUAGAGAAGAGCAUCGUGAAGUGUUCCAACACCAAGAAGCUCAACCACCCAUCGAAGCAUUUGUACCCAAAGUGCUGUAUACAGAAGAAACUGAAGUAGAUGCCGAUACACUGCAUAAUCUAAUUCGCCACUCGCAAGUAACAGACGCUCUUGUGGUAUAUAAUCUGAUUAAGCAGAAAGGUGUUGAAAUCAGCAAUGAAACGAAACAGCAGCUUCUUGAACUUAUUUGCUUUUACAACAACGAAGAGCCGUUGCCGGAAGAAUUGAUUGAAGAACGUUGGUUUAAGGCUAACGCAGACGCACGUGAACGUAAUCGUAAAACUUGGAAAGACGGCGAACUAGCUGAACAGCUGUUUGGAGAAUUAGAACCAAAAACACCGCAAUCGUAUGCAGCGCUUAUAAGGGGAAUGGCUAAAUAUUUUCAAGCUGAACGCGCGUAUGCACUUCUGCAAGAAGCAACUGAAAAGCAAUUUGAGUUAGACACACAAACUUUCAACGCAGUGAUCAGCGUAACGAACUUCCUAAAAGAAACGGCGGAUCAACGCUGGGAACUAUGCAGGGAAUUACUUCAGCAAAUGUCACAGCAACAGUUGAAACCAAAUUUGGGCACCUUAAAUGCGGCAUUAGAGGUUGUUAGCACUUUUGGAAACGUCAAGUUUGCUCGUAGCUCAGCACUAAAACUACUCGCGGAAUUCAAGCAACUAGACGUUGAGCUUGGCUUGAGCACUUACUACUACCUAUUGAUCAUUUUCUGUCGAGAACGUGGACCAGUUUCACAUAUUAUAGUCGAUAUUUUAAAUGAGAUCAAGGGAAAAGAAUUCAAAAUUCAACACCCGCGAGACACGUAUUUCUUUACAACGGCAAUGGACGUUUGUCGCAAUCACUUGCAAGACAAGUCCCUUGCAAAGAAAGUCGAUGAACUACUACACACUGGUAAUAAUUAUGAUUUGAUUGGCGAUACAUAUAAAGAGGCGAUAUAUUAUCGUCAUUACUUUGCGCUACUCUGCCAAACAGAACCAAUCGACGAAUUCAUGAAAAUCUAUGACUUACUCGUCCCGCACGUUUACAUUCCAGAGCCCGGUAUUAUGGAAGAAAUAUUAAAAGCUAUUGAAAUACAUGGAGCCGUCGAACUAAUGCCCCGCUUCUGGUCCGAUAUGGUUAUA